AAUGAGACUAGUUUCAUUGAAAACCUUUCAUGUCAUCUUUAAUAAAGUCUCAUAUAUCCCAGGAGCUUCUCGUCCAUUCUGAAAUUUCAUCUUUAGCUUCUACAUCAUCAAAAGAUCAGUUUUUGCAAAAAGUAGAGGAGCUUUUGUUUCUUAAUGCUGCUCAUAUGGAAUGCCAACGCUUUAAACUAUCUGAGAGUAAAUCAAAUGAAAUGUAUGAAUUAAGUUUUAGAGCACGCUUGGAGCGCGCAGAAAAAAGACGUUAUGUGGGACAGGAUGCUGAAUCAAAGUGCAAGAAAUACAAUAAGAUCAUAUAAGAAUAGU